AUAUCACUUAAUGACUUUAGAUACUAGUAUCAAUAAAUCGAAUAUCGAAUCCGCCUCAAAGGUCGUUUGGACAAUGAAUAAGCAUGAAUUUCGCAAACGAGUCCUGUUUCAUGAGCCGAUUAUGCGGCACAGAUAAAACACGGAAACAGGUUUGUGGAAAAUGGGGCGAAGUGUUUUGGCAAUUUUCGUUUACUGAUCGUGUUAGUUUGUUUUCUCUAUAUUUGUCUUCUCAGUAACUACGGGCCUAUAUAAUUUUGGUCCGUGCAGGAACGAACCGGAACCAGUCAAUGUGGAGUGUUGGCCAGAAGCUGGGUUCCAUCUCUUCAUUCAGACGGGACGCGAACUUCUUGUUGCUGUAUAUCGAGCAAGAUGCUGAAAGUGAAAGCGAAAGUAGGAUUCGCUCCACCGCGCACUGCAACGGAAGUACAGGUAGACCAAUCAGGAUGCUGUUUCAAGUACCAGUCUCCCACUUCUCAACAUGUUGAAGACUUAGUGUUCCAUAGUGCAUGGCGAUGUGAAGAGAACUGUGAUGGCCAGUACAGAUGAAGACUGUGGACACCAUCUGGUAAUGGCAACUUCUGGUGAGCAGUCUAAAGGUCACAUGGCUACUUCUGGUGAGCAGUGUGAAGGUCAAAUGGCAACUUCAGGUGAGCAGUCUGAAGGUCACAUGGCUACUUCUGGUGAGCAGUCUGAAGGUCAAAUGGCAACUUCUGGUGAGCAGUCUGAAGGUCACAUGGACACUUCUGAGCCUCAAGGACAUUUGGCUAUUUCUGAUGUUGACAUGGCAAGUUCAGCUGGGGAAAUCUUCACAACAGAGGAUGACUCUGGAAACAGCGUGGUCAGUUCAGACGAGGAACCUGGAGGUCACCUGGUAUUGGCUGGUUCAGCUGAGACCGAGGAGGACCUUGAGCUAGUGAGCCAGCCACCAGUGAAAAGAUUAAGAACAGGUGACCAUCCUUCAGGUGGCUUCCAGGUGGCGAACACUCUGAACAUCAUCACUGGACAGGCCGGACAAGGAACACUUGGGAGAGGUACCCUUGAUUUGCGCACAGACGAAGCGAAGAAGAUUUUUCUUGCAACUGAACCCUACAAAGACGUGAAACGAAAAUUGAAGGCAUUUGGACAUGUGACCAUCUGCGGGGCUUCGGGAGAAGGCAAGACAACGAUGGCUCUGGUGUUAGGUUCACAGUACAGAGACAAAGGCUACGAGGUCGUGUUUGUGGACAACAUUGAGAAGUUUGACUUAGACCAGUGUCUUAGUAGCCACCCCAGAGUAUUCCUCAUAGUAGAUGACAUGUUUGGUACUGUUGGAUUAUCUGCGAAUACAUCACGGGUGAAAUCCUUUCUAAACAACCUUCUCCUCCAUUUAGAACAAAAGCGGAGUGCGGAAAAGCUGCAGUCAGAAAUGCAUGAAAGCACUGAUGCUGUUGGUAAAUCCAGAAAGAAAGAGCAGAGUCAACCAGAAUUUCAAACAAAAGAUAGUGAUGCUGUUGGUAAAUCCAGAAAGAAAGUGCAGAGUCAACCAGAAUUUCAAACAAAAGAUAAUGAUGCUGUUGGUAAAUCCAGAAAAAGAGUUCAGAGUCAACCAGAAUUUCAAACAAAGGAUAUUCUUGUUGUCUUCACAUCAAAGUCAUACAACUUCCAUGAUGGACUUGCAAAACUGCAGUACGAGGGUUUCAAACUGUUCAAAGGUCAAACUGUAAUGGAUUUAACCACACUAGAUAAAUACUGGCUUUCUGACAAAGAGAAAAAGACAAUAUUUGAACGACAUAGGAAAGCUCUCGGUGACUGCUCCAUGCAACAUAUACCUGAUUACAGUGAACUGGAAAUAUGUUCAAAUAUCUUUGGAUUCCCUCUUAUUUGUAAACUUUGUUUUGAAUUUUCAUCUUUCUACAAAAAUGCAAAAUCAUUUUUCAAGGAACCACUGUUUUAUCUCAGGUUAGAGCUAAAGCGUUUGCUUGAAGAGAGAAAUGACCGAUCGGCCAUUCUGGUUCUGAUGCUACUGAGUGAAGACAAAUUGGACCUGAGCAAGUUAGACAGUGAAGGUGAGGAUAAGGAAAUGGACAGCCUGGUCAAAACUGUUUUACAGAUGAUGUCUGACGCUACACGUUCAGGCAUAUACAAAGCAGCUAAAGGUUUGAGAGGUACAUUCUUCACAAGAGGAGACACUGUUGGCUUUGCUCAUUCUUCAAUCUAUGAUGCUUGUGCCUGUGCCUUGUAUAAUAUCAGUCCAAUCUUUGUUUUGAAGCACUGCAGUGAUGACUUUCUGUUUGAAAGGGUACAAGGUGACAAGGUUGAAGAAACCAAAGUUGAUGAUCAUCUCCAUUUGAUAUAUGUCUCAGAGAAUUAUGAUGACCUACUUACCACAAGGUUUACACAGUCUAUCAAACAAGGACAGUUUUCUAAAUCAGUGACACAUCCAAUUCUCAAACAAGACACCACAGUUUUCAAGCUGCUCAACAAACUUCAGUGUGAUCGGACAAAACAGCUUCACCAGCAUAAUCAAACUGAUUCUAAGGAAGAACCUUGGUUUCACAAGAAAGAGAAAGGACAAUGUUUUCUGUACUGGGCAGUUCUUGGACAUAAUGCACGUCUAGUUACAGGUAUAGAACACACAACUGGAGAAGAGUUCACUCAAGGAGAAAUCAGUGAGGCCAUGGAAGGAUGUGCACAAAGCAACAAUGUGACAGCAUUGAAAUGGCUGUUCAGCAGGAGUGAGAAACAUGACCAUCAGUUGACACUGAACAGACUUUUGUUGGCAGCUGCUGAAAGUGGCAGCUCUGACAUACUAGUGUAUCUGCUGCAGGAAGGCGCUGAUAUUAACACAAGAGACAAGGGAAAGCAAAACAUCUUCCAUCUUGUCUGUAAAUCGGGAAUGGAAAAACCCCUGAAAGUCCUGUUAACCAGGAAACCUGGGAAUAAUGUUAUAAACUCUGUUGAUGUGAAUGGCAGGACCCCUGUCAUGGUUGCAGCACACACGGGAUCAGAGGGAUGUUUUAAGUUACUACAGACAACAUCAAAUUUGAAUGUGAAAGAUAAAAAUGGCAGCGGAAUUAUUCAUCUUGCUUGUCGUGGUGGGAACACUGCUAUAGUACAACAUGUCCUGUCUCCAUCUAACAUCAACAGCAGAGGGAUGCAUGGAUGGACAGCAGCAAUGAAUGCAGCUGUCAGUGGACAUCAAAGUGUGUUUGACCUCCUUUUGUCCAACCAGGCUGACCUCACACUGGUGUCUACAUCUGGUGAUAGUUUACUUCAUCUUGCCUGUCAGGGUGGGAACACUGCUAUAGUACAACAUGUCCUGUCUCCAUCUAACAUCAACAGCAGAGGGAUGCAUGGAUGGACAGCAGCAAUGAAUGCAGCUGUCAGUGGACAUCAAAGUGUGUUUGACCUCCUUUUGUCCAACCAGGCUGACCUCACACUGGUGUCUACAUCUGGUGAUAGUUUACUUCAUCUUGCCUGUCAGGGUGGGAACACUGCUAUAGUACAACAUGUCCUGUCUCCAUCUAACAACAACAGCAGAGGGAUGCAUGGGUGGACAGCAGCAAUGAAGGCAGCUGUCAGUGGACAUCAAAGUGUGUUUGACCUCCUUGUGUCCAACCAAGCUGACCUCACACUGGUGGAUACAUAUGGUGACAGUUUACUUCAUCUUGCCUGUCAGGGUGGGAACACUGCUAUAGUACAACAUGUCCUGUCUCCAUCUAACAUCAACAUCAGAGGGGAGUAUGGAUGGACAGCAGUGAUGCAGGCAGCUGUCAGUGGACAUCAAAGUGUGUUUGACCUCCUUGUGUCCAACCAAGCUGACCUCACACUGGUGGAUACAUAUGGUGACAGUUUAGUUCAUCUUGCCUGUCGUGGUGGAAACACUGCUAUAGUACAACAUGUCAUGUCUCCAUCUAACAUCAACAGUACAGGCAGACAUGGAUCGACAGCAGUGAUGCAGGCAGCUGUCAAUGGACAUCAAAGUGUGUUUGACCUCCUUGUGUCCAACCAAGCUGACCUCACACUGGUGGAUACAUAUGGUGACAGUAUACUUCAUCUUGCCUGUCGUGGUGGGAACACUGCUAUAGUACAACAUGUCCUGUCUCCAUCUAACAUCAACAUCAGAGGGGAGUAUGGAUGGACAGCAGUGAUGCAGGCAGCUGUCAGUGGACAUCAAAGUGUGUUUGACCUCCUUUUGUCCAACCAAGCUGACCCCACACUGGUGGAUACAUCUGGUGACAGUUUACUUCAUCUUGCCUGUCAGGGUGGAAACACUGCUAUAGUACAACAUGUCCUGUCUCCAUCUAACAUCAACAUCAGAGGGGAGUAUGGAUGGACAGCAGUGAUGCAGGCAGCUGUCAGUGGACAUCAAAGUGUGUUUGACCUCCUUGUGUCCAACCAAGCUGACCUCACACUGGUGUCUACAUCUGGUGACAGUUUACUUCAUCUUGCCUGUCGUGGUGGAAACACUGCUAUAGUACAACAUGUCAUGUCUCCAUCUAUCAUCAACAGUACAGGCAGACAUGGAUCGACAGCAGUGAUGCAGGCAGCUGUCAAUGGACAUCAAAGUGUGUUUGACCUCCUUGUGUCCAACCAAGCUGACCUCACACUGGUGGAUACAUAUGGUGACAGUUUACUUCAUCUUGCCUGUCAGGGUGGGAACACUGCUAUAGUACAACAUGUCCUGUCUCCAUCUAACAUCAACAUCAGAGGGGAGUAUGGAUGGACAGCAGUGAUGCAGGCAGCUGUCAGUGGACAUCAAAGUGUGUUUGACCUCCUUGUGUCCAACCAAGCUGACCUCACACUGGUGGAUACAUCUUGUGACAGUUUACUUCAUCUUGCCUGUCGUGGUGGGAACACUGCUAUAGUACAACAUGUCCUGUCUCCGUCUAACAUCAACAUCAGAGGGGAGUAUGGAUGGACAGCAGUGAUGCAGGCAGCUGUCAAUGGACAUCAAAGUGUGUUUGACCUCCUUGUGUCCAACCAAGCUGACCUCACACUGGUGGAUACAUCUGGUGACAGUUUACUUCAUCUUGCCUGUCGUGGUGGAAACACUGCUAUAGUACAACAUGUCCUGUCUCCAUCUAACAUCAACAUCAGAGGGGAGUAUGGAUGGACAGCAGUGAUGCAGGCAGCUGUCAGUGGACAUCAAAGUGUGUUUGACCUCCUUGUGUCCAACCAAGCUGACCUCACACUGGUGUCUACAUCUGGUGACAGUUUACUUCAUCUUGCCUGUCAGGGUGGAAACACUGCUAUAGUACAACAUGUAAUGUCUCGUACUAAUAUCAACAGUACAGGCAGACAUGGAUCGACAGCAGUGAUGAAGGCAGCUGAGUAUGGACAUCAAAGUGUGUUUGACCUCCUUGUGUCCAACCAAGCUGACCUCACACUGGUGGAUACAUCUGGUGACAGUUUACUUCAUCUUGCCUGUCGUGGUGGGAACACUGCUAUAGUACAACAUGUCCUGUCUCCAUCUAACAUCAACAGUAGAGGGGAGUAUGGACGGACAGCAGCAAUGCAGGCAGCUGUCAAUGGACAUCAAAGUGUGUUUGACCUCCUUGUCUCCAACCAAGCUGACCUCACACUGGUGGAUACAUCUGGUGACAGUUUACUUCAUCUUGCCUGUGAGGGUGGGAACACUGCUAUAGUAGAAAAUGUCCUGUCUCCAUCUAACAUCAACAGUAGAGGGGAGUAUGGACGGACAGCAGCAAUGCAGGCAGCUGUCAAUGGACAUCAAAGUGUGUUUGACCUCCUUGUCUCCAACCAAGCUGACCUCACACUGGUGGAUACAUCUGGUGACAGUUUACUUCAUCUUGCCUGUGAGGGUGGGAACACUGCUAUAGUAGAAAAUGUCCUGUCUCCUUCUAACAUCAACAGUAGAGGGGAGUAUGGAUGGACAGCAGUGAUGCAGGCAGCUGUCAGUGGACAUCAAAGUGUGUUUGACCUCCUUGUGUCCAACCAAGCUGACCUCACACUGGUGGAUACAUCUGGUGACAGUUUACUUCAUCUUGCCUGUCGUGGUGGAAACACAGCUAUAGUACAACAUGUCAUGUCUCCAUCUAACAUCAACAGUACAGGCAGACAUGGAUCGACAGCAGUGAUGCAGGCAGCUGUCAAUGGACAUCAAAGUGUGUUUGACCUCCUUGUGUCCAACCAAGCUGACCUCACACUGGUGGAUACUUAUGGUGACAGUUUACUUCAUCUUGCCUGUCGUGGUGGGAACACUGCUAUAGUACAACAUGUCCUGUCUCCAUCUAACAUCAACAGUAGAGGGGAGUAUGGAUGGACAGCAGUGAUGCAGGCAGCUGUCAGUGGACAUCAAAGUGUGUUUGACCUCCUUGUGUCCAACCAAGCUGACCUCACACUGGUGGAUACAUCUGGUGACAGUUUAGUUCAUCUUGCCUGUCAGGGUGGGAACACUGCUAUAGUACAACAUGUCCUGUCUCCAUCUAACAUCAACAGUAGAGGGGAGUAUGGACGGACAGCAGCAAUGCAGGCAGCUGUCAAUGGACAUCAAAGUGUGUUUGACCUCCUUGUGUCCAACCAAGCUGACCUCACACUGGUGGAUACAGAUGGUGAUAGUUUACUUCAUCUUGCCUGUGAGGGUGGGAACACUGCUAUAGUACAAAAUGUCCUGUCUCCUUCUAACAUCAACAGUAGAGGGAUGCAUGGACAUACACCAGUAAUGAUGGCAGCUGUCACUGGACAUCAAAGUGUGUUUGACCUCUUUGUGUCCAACCAAGCUGACCUCACACUGGUGGAUACAUCUGGUGACAGUUUACUUCAUCUUGCCUGUCGUGGUGGGAACACUGCUAUAGUACAACAUGUCCUGUCUCCGUCUAACAUCAACAGCAGAGGGAGGCAAGGAUACACACCUGUGAUGAAAGCUGUAUUCCAUGGACAUCAAGAUGUAGUUGACCUCCUUGUGCAGAACAAAGCUGACCUCACACUUCUAACAGACAGUAAUGAGGACAUUGAAUGUGUAGCUCAGAUAGGAGGACAUCCUACACUAGCCAAGUAUCUUCAAACAGUUAAACAUCCUCACUGAUUAAGCUGUGUGUUAUGUGUUCUGAAGGAAAUUUAUUGAGUCUGUAUCGCAACUAUGUUCUACUACAGAACAUUCAUUCUUGCAGACUUGGAAACACUGUAAACAUUUAGUCAACAGUAUUGCUUAACAAUUGUUAAGUGGCUGUCAACAUUUGAAGCUAUUGCCUGCAAAUGCAGGUGAGCUACAGUGCUGAAGCACCAUAUUAACAGUUAAGUCAGUUUUCUCAAAUUUUCACUGAGAGAAAAUUAUUUUUCCAUUAUUUAAUCUGAAUAUAUAAUAUGAGAGCAAGGUGGAGGCUUUUCGUCCCCAAAAGACAGGAAUAUCGUUGAAAUGAUGAUUUUACAAACUUCCCAUCUUUUUUCUGAUACGAAGAGCUAACACUGACCAUCCAUGUAUUGCCACUCAGCUAGCAUUGUAGAAAUGUCCUAAUUUUGCUCUAGAGAAGUUUGUACAAAUAUUGUGAUUGUAAAUUUUGGCUCAGUUUGUAAUAAAAUUCAAUCAUCCUUGAA